GGCCGGGCAGGGAGAGGAGGUGGGACGAGGCGGGGCGUUGCGGCCGCCGUGCCAGGGUGACCGGUUUCGCUGUAUUCGAGGUGGCGGGGCGGGCGGAAAGAGCAGGGAGGAGGCCGUGGUGCAGGAUGGCGGCAACAACCUACGAGCGGCUGAAGCUGCAUAUCACACCUGAAAAAUUUUAUGUGGAAGCUUGUGAUGAUGGAACAGAUGAUGUACUUAUCAUCGACCGUGUGUCCACAGAAGUUACACUCUCAGUCAAGAAAGAUAUUCCUCCUUCAGCUGUCACAAGACCAAUAUUUGGUAUACUGGGCACAAUUCAUCUGGUGGCAGGUAAUUAUCUAAUUGUCAUUACCAAAAAGAAAAAAAUAGGUGAAUUUUUCAAUCAUGUAAUCUGGAAAGCAAUAGAUUUUGAUGUCCUUUCUUAUAAGAAGACAAUGUUGCACUUAACUGAUAUUCAGUUACAAGAUAACAAAACUUUCCUAGCAAUGAUAAACCAUGUCUUGAGUGUGGAUGGAUUUUAUUUUUCAACGACAUAUGAUUUGACCCAUACUUUGCAGCGGCUGUCUAACACUAGUCCAGAAUUCCAGGAAAUGAGUCUCUUGGAAAGGGCAGACCAGCGGUUUGUAUGGAAUGGUCAUCUUCUAAGAGAACUUUCUGCUCAGCCAGAGGUCCAUCGGUUUGCUCUUCCGGUAUUAUAUGGCUUUAUUACUAUGCACUCAUGUUCUAUUAAUGGAAAAUACUUUGAUUGGAUUCUCAUCUCGAGGAGGAGUUGUUUCAGAGCUGGUGUCCGCUAUUAUGUAAGAGGAAUUGAUUCUGAAGGCCAUGCAGCUAACUUUGUAGAAACAGAACAAAUUGUGCACUACAAUGGGAGCAGAGCUUCAUUUGUACAGACUCGAGGAUCAAUACCACUUUACUGGUCUCAAAGACCAAAUCUCAAGUACAAACCACUGCCACUGAUCAACAAAGUAGCAAAUCAUAUGGAUGGUUUCCAAAGGCAUUUUGAUUCACAAAUAAUUAUUUAUGGAAAACAAGUCAUAAUCAAUCUGGUUAAUCAGAAGGGCUCAGAGAAGCCACUUGAACAGGCGUUUGCAACAAUGGUGUCUUCCUUGGCAAAUGGAAUGAUCAGAUAUAUUGCCUUUGACUUCCAUAAGGAAUGUAAAAAUAUGAGAUGGGAUCGACUAAGUAUUUUAUUGGAUCAAGUAGCAGAAAUGCAAGAUGAAUUAAGUUAUUUUCUAGUGGACUCUGACGGCAAGGUGGUGACUAACCAGGAAGGCGUGUUCCGCAGCAAUUGCAUGGAUUGUCUGGACAGAACUAAUGUGAUCCAGAGUCUGUUAGCUCGUCGUUCGCUUCAGGCCCAGCUUCAGAGACUAGGAGUUUUGCAUGUGGGACAAAAGCUUGAAGAACAAGAUGAAUUUGAGAAGAUUUACAAAAACGCCUGGGCUGACAAUGCAAAUGCUUGUGCCAAACAGUAUGCGGGAACUGGUGCCUUGAAGACUGACUUUACCAGAACUGGGAAGAGAACUCAGUUGGGACUUAUAAUGGAUGGCUGGAACUCACUGAUACGGUAUUACAAGAACAACUUUUCUGAUGGAUUUAGACAAGAUUCCAUAGACUUAUUUCUUGGGAACUAUUCAGUGGAUGAAUUAGAAUCUCAUAGUCCUUUAAGUGUUCCAAGGGAUUUGAAAUUCCUGGCUUUGCCUAUUAUCAUGGUUGUCGCCUUUUCCAUGUGCAUUAUCUGUUUGCUUAUGGCUGGUGACACCUGGACAGAAACACUGGCAUAUGUGCUCUUCUGGGGAGUUGCAAGCAUUGGAACAUUUUUUAUUAUUCUUUACAAUGGCAAAGAUUUUGUUGAUGCUCCCAGAUUGGUCCAGAAAGAAAAGAUAGACUGAAUUUGUGUCUGUGGAAAGCGGCUUGGCUUGGAAGAUUCCAUUAUGCAGAACUGGAGUCUUUACUGACCCGCUUUCCACGUCAGCCCAAGGUCUUUUUAAAUCCUUUAUCCAAAAGCACAUCUUGCGCUUUGUGUGGGGGUGAUGACUUAGAAUUGAUCUGAUGUUACUGCCUUGAUGAUCUCUUUACUAUUGGGAUGGUUAUCAUUUGAAGCUAUUCUAUAAUUAAAAUGUAACCUCAAUUCAGCUCACGGAAUGGAAGGAAUCUAUUCAUUGUCAGUUUAAUCAGCUGUUGCAGAAUAAGUAAUAUAUUUUAAAAAAAUCUAGCUUCUUUCCUUAUUUAAAACAGUGAAAUUAUUUUUCUAGCUCAGUUUAUUGUCACUGUAGAAGCAGUUUCUGUUAGCAAGCAUAGUUUUCCAUACAUCUUUGGACUUUUCUUUAGUUUAAUAAUAAGCUAAGUCUACUCUGUUUAUAAAAUGUCUUUUACAUACAUCAAGUAGUUGGACGAAAUAGUCUGUGACUACAUGGUAGGAAAGAGGAGACCAGGGUCUGGUGUUCCUUUGGAGCUUCAGUUGGGCUGCCUUAUGAGUUCAGUCAGCUUGAGCUGUGCAGUUUAAGUGUGAUGAAAAAGGUUCAGGUGUAUUUUAUCUUUUUUAAAAGGUGUAAAUGAAAUCAAAGAAUGUGAAGUCUCUCUCUUAUGCUAGAGGUCCAAAGCCUCCUCUGUUUUCAGGAUUGCCCCAGUGUGGAAAAUGCCCUUGGUUGGUCAGCUCCUUCAUUCUGGACCUUUUGGUUUCUUGGGGGUCUUUCAUGGAGACAUGCAGGCCUCUGAGCAGGUCUUGUGCUGAAUCCGAUGUUGCACUUGGAGGCAGCAGCUGCUUUUCCACGCACGGUAGUGUCGAUGCUUUUCCCUAUUUAAGGGUUUUUGUUAGCUGUCAGUAAGUCUAAAAUUUAGUGCUUCCAGGUAGUUACAGCUCUCCAAAUCAAGGACCAACUUAAACUUUAAUUUAUGUGAAGAAAUAAAUCUGAAAAAAUACACUCUAGAAGCUGUGCAUAGUUCUAAUUAUAAGUCAGACUGUAUAUUCAAAUUGUAAUUAUGAGGUUUAAAAAUUAGAAAAGUAUGUAAGGAAGUAUAAUUGCCACUAUUUUAAAAUAGUUCAAUUAAAUACUGCUACAAUAUUUGUGUUGUGCUUGAAAAUAUGUACAGUUUUUUCAAUGGUAAUACCUUUUCCUGUCCUUAAAUAUCUCUAAAGAGCGCCUUGAUUUUAACAUUACCUUUUUUCCAACAUUAUCUUUUAUAAACAUUAAUAAGAGUUGUUGCUUUUAGAAACUUUAAAGGAAAUAAUAGCUGGAAAACCCUCUGUAGCUUAAAGUCAGUCAUUAAAACUCACAAUAGGGUAAGUAAUUAGAACUACCUACUCUUAACUUGUAAAUAAGCAUAAUUCGUUCCAAAGAGGAAAUAUCGAAACUUAGUUCAUGUCUACUGUAAUGUAUUACUCAGAUGCUACUGGGCAUUUCACAUUAAGAACUUAUUUCAGCGACCACAACAAAGACCAAAUCUGAACUGCUGAUGUGGCUGUUUUGCAGUGAAUGGGCUAAUGUUGGUGUGUUAGAUCUUAAGGUAUCAAUAUUUCAGAACCCUGCAAUGAUUAUAUUUCUAAAUUCAUGUACUGUCCAUCCGUAAGUGAAAAUAAAAUGUCAUACUCUUUUCUAACUAAUGUUGGUGUCAUUCCUAUACCUUGUUUUACAAAGGGAUGUUCUUUUUUAUAAAAAACAUGCAAAGCAAUGUGUGGUCAUUAUAGAAGAAUUAGACAAUGUAAGUAAGCAAGAAAAUGAGUAGCUUCUGAAAUUCUACUUUCCAAUUAUGGCCACUUUAAAAAUUGUGUUUAUCCUUAUAAUUAUUUUUCAGUUACAGGUAUUCCAGGGGAAUAUUUAGUAUAUUGUUCAUUAAAAGAUGUCCCCUGUAUUCCCACCUCCAAAUUGUAAUUUCUUUUUCAAAAUGAUAGAGGCUCUCAACCAAGAAGUGGGACAAUAUGCUUAUUAGAAAACGUCCUCUCAGGCCACAGGAAGAUGUCAGGGAGCCCGAGGGAAAUGCUGAUGUAGACACCUCGGUGCCUAGGAGACCCUUGCACGUGUGUGUGUGAUGUGUGAAGGGUGUUUUGGGGGGAAGUGGCUUAAACAAGCAUUUGGGGGUUUUUCCUCCUGCUUGCCUAUGAGUCCUGAUGUUAGAAGUUUUCCUACUACAGAUAAAUUACAGUUAAGUCUUUAAAAUAUUAUGUUCUUUGGCACGUGGACCUCUCCACCUUGGCAGCUUGGUUCACCAAAGCCAGCAAGAUGGAAGUCACAGUCUUUUUUAACCUAAUCUCAGAAGUGUCAUCCCAUCACUUGUGCCAUAUUCUAUGCAUUAGAAACAAGCCACUAGAUCAGCUCACUCGGGGAGGGGAUUACACAGGGCAUGAAUACCGGGAGGUGGGGCUCUCUGGAAGUCUGUUCCCAUAGCCUGUAAGGAGAGAAAAAUCCAAAGUUAUGAUUCAGAGCUGGUGCUGGAGGGAAUCGGGUGUUUCCUGUGCUGUGCCUUUGAGGUCUUUUGCCUGUUUCUGUUAGAUUGCUUGUCCUUAAAGAUUUCUGAAAUUCUUUAUAUAUUCUGGAGAGUAAUUCUUUGUUGCUUAUAUGUACUACAUAUAUCUUCUUCUAGUUUGUGGCUUGUCUUUUCAUUUUCUUGUGGUUACUUUUGGUGAAAGAAGUGUAUAAUUUCAAUGGUGUUGAAUUUACCAGAAAUUUCCUACCAUCCCUUGUGCUUGGGUAAGACAACAUUGCUCAACCCCAAGGGACUUCUUUUCACAUAAUUUUGCUUUUUCACGUCAGGUCUUUUCUCCAUUCUAUAAAGUAAGGAAAUGGUCUGUGUCAAUCCAGGUAGAUCAGAUUAUGCUGCGGUAACAAAUGAUCCCCAAAUCUCAGUGGCUUUAAAAAAAUGAAGACUUAUUUCUCACUCAUUCUGUGUAUCCUUGAAGGGUCUGCUGCAGCUCUGCCACAUGACAUCUGCAUCCUGGGACCCAGAGUGAUGGAACAGCUUCACACAGGAACAUUACCAGUUAUCCUGGCAGAAAGAAAAGGGAGAAGUUUCUGCUUGAAGGUCAAGGUGACAAUCUCUUCUGUUCACAUUUCAUUGGUCAAAGCAAGUCGCAUGGCCAUACUUGAAGUGAUGGAGGGAGGAGAGUGUAGCCCCUGGGGAGGGACUGUGUGCUGGCAUCCGACACAGGCUCCAGUUUUCUUUUCCCACUGGGUUAACGGGAAGAGUCAGCAGAGAGCCUUCCCGACUCCCUCCGUCCUGCUGUGCGGUGCUGCCACCGUCACACAUCAGGCUCCCCUCCACUUGCGGGGUUUCGGCUUUCUGUUCUGUCCCGUUGGCCUGGGUGUUUUCACUGCUGAGAACUCUUCCUCACGCAGCCGUGUCUUGCAGGAUGGCCUGGCUCUUCCCUGAGCUCUGGGCCCCCAGCUUCUCAGUCUGUUCGGCAAAGCAUUGUCUUGAGUGUUUGGAAUAACACGAGUCCUGUGUGCUCAGAGCUGUUUUUUGACAGUAGGGAUCUGUGGUGAGAACCAUUUGGAAACAUUGGGUUAAACAUAGUCAAAGACUUGUCUCAAUUCUCAGACUUGUCAGAGGUUUGACUCCCCUAGAGGGUGUGUGCAACGCAGCAGCACCCAGACUUUUUGGUCUGUGGAAUUUUUUAUUUACAGAGCAUCUCAAUAGGACGAUUCUGUGAAACUGAUUUUGAAUAAGGCUCGCAUGAGGGCGAGCACUCUGGCCGUGGAGUUAAAGAAAACAUGGGCUCUAAUUUAUAUUUGGGCCUCACUUGUGUGUUGAACUUGGUCUCUUAACUAUAAAUUCUUGGAUUCUCAUCCAUAUGGCAGUUCCCUAGGAUAACACAUGCACACGGACACACCCCUGCUGAGAAACCCAGGUAAAUCUACAGGCGGGAGCUCUUCCUUGAUGUCCAGCUCUCAUCCUCUGUGUUGGACAUCACGCAGAGGCUCCAUAAAUGGGAUUUCACUGCGGGGGUGGAGGGGGAGAGACAAUUAAAAGGAGUUGUGACAUGUUUAAUUAUUACCACGAAUGCCCUGGUCCUGCGUGAACUGGUCAGAUGGCCUGUUUGUUCUUAGCACUUCCCUUUACAGAUUAUUCUGAGCAUAACUUUGUCUUUGCUUUUUGUUUGUUUUAGCCAAAGGCCCAGAUAUUCGUCUUUCUUCACCAUUUUCAGUGAUGCGUGCCUGUUGCCUGUUUAUUUUUCUAGCUGUAGGAAGCUAAAGUUUCAUCUAUUAAAAUACCAUGUUACAUUUUAUGUCCUAAAUUGAGCUCCUAUUAGAUUUCGGUUUAGACAUAGACUCUGAGGUUAGGAGAAGUAGAAAGUACAGGUUGUAAGUCAUGUUUGGAGAAUUUAAGAUGUCCUUCUCCUGAUGUUUUGGGAGCACACAUUCUCCUGGGUUCUGUCCAGCUUUACUCACAACUCCAUUGCCUACUGAUGUCUCCUCUCUGCUUUAUCCCUGUUCUAGUUAUCUAUUUCUGGAAAGUAAUCUCACAGUGUUGCGAGUUAGGAAUGGAGCCUGGCACAGCUGGGUGAUCUCUUCUGUUCCAGAUGGCACUGACAGAGGUCACUCAGUGAUACUCAGCUGACAGAGGGGCUGGUCUCUGGUCUGCGCUGGUUUGGUGCUGCACAAGGGUGGGUGGAAGGUGGACCAGCUGGUCCUGUGAGCUGGAGCACCUCCAUGUGGCUUUGCAGCAUGGCAGCCUCAAGGUCGUAGGACUUCAUACCUGGUUGGUUCACGGCGGCCGGAGUGAAAACCAGGUGGAAGCUUGCAUGGUAUGAUCUAGCCUCUAAUGUCCAAUGGUGUCCCUUCCGCCAUAGUCUAUUGGUUGGAGCACUCACAAACCCACUCAGAUUCAGGGGGAGGGACACAGACCCCCUCUCUCAAUGAGAAAGAUGGAAAAGAACCUGUGGCCCUGUCUGGACACAUGUUGGAUUUUUUUGUAGGCUUUGGUCCUAAGCCCUCCUCUCCAUGUACCCACUUACCCCAGGUGAUGUCAUUUAGACCCAUGGUUUUAAAAUAGCAUCUUGAUGCUGUGACUCCCAAAUAUAUAUACAUCUAGAUCGGACCUUUCCAAAAGGUUCAGAUUCUAAUGUUCUGCUGCCUACCUGAUAUUCCCACCUGAUUCACAGGCAUCUCAAACUCAGUAUGGUCAAGCAGAGCUCUUUUUUUUCCCCCCAGAGCUCUUGAUUUAUACUCUGCAGACUGGUUCCAUGCCGAGUUUUCUCCAUCUCAGGAAAUGCCACCAGCAUCCACCCAGUAAGUCAAACAUUUCAUCCCUCUCCUCUCAACUAUGCAUCCAGUCCAUAAGCAAGUCUUGGCAACUCUCCCCUGCCAAAAUAUAACUCAGACCCACCUAUUCCUCUCCAUAUUCAUUUCCAAGUCUCUGCCACCAUCAUCUUUCCCAUGGACUUCCUAAAGUAGCUCCUGGAAUAAUUUUCCAAGGUCCCCAUCUACAACCCUCUCCAGUCUGUUCUCCACAGCUACAAGUGAUCUUUCAAGUGUAAACUAGAUGACGCAGGGCCCCACGUUAAACCCUCAGGUGAGAUUCUUGCUCUUUGAAGGAAACCGGAGCUCUGUUGUGGCCUAUAAGGCCUUAUAUGACCUGGUUUCUGCCCACUGCUCCAAGCUCAUCUCCCAUCGCUCCCGUCCCCAGUCCAACCACAGGCCUCCUUUCUGCUCUUUCUCUCCUGAGGGCCUUUGCACUGUCAUUGCCUCUGCCUGGACAGACCUUCCAGCAAUUCCAAUAACUAGUUCAUUCUUCUUCAAAAUUCAGUCCACGUAUCUCCUCCUCGACCACCUGAUUGAAGCACUGUCCCUCUCACACCAUCACUUGGCCCAUUUAUUUCCUUCUUAGAAAAGAUCACAGUCUGUAAUUAGUAUCAUUUGUUAUCUAUCAUUGUCUUUUUCCCUUCCAGCAUCUAAAAGCCAUGAAGUCCAGGGACCAGAACUUUCCCCAGAGCCUACACAGACACUGGAUUGUAAUAUACUCCAUAAAGGCUGAUCCUAUGCAGGGCCCUGGUUCUCAGAUUUGGCAGGUUCCAGGGCGUGGCCUGGACACCAGGAGUUUUAAAUGCUCCCGGGUGGUUUGAAUGGACACUGAGGUGGAGGACCACUGAAGUACAGCAACUGUGAAUGAAGACCUGCUCUAGAACAACAUUUGUGUCUACACUCCUGAGGAUACCUAGCAUUCAGGGCUGAAAUACCCAGGUGAUAACCAACCCCCGAGGGGCGGCCCCUGUUGUAAGACAGUGACCUGGGCUGGGGGCUCGGAGACUGUGACCCGUAAGGAUUCAGGAACAGACUCUGUGCUGUGUAUUUGUUGUUGAGUGUGCUCACUCUCCAAGCCUUGAUAGCCGAGGUUUUGUGACACCGAAGAACCCUCUGAUGAGAAAUCAGAGGACUGACUAGUUGUGGUAAGUAAAUGCUGGUUCAUGCAUUUUAAAGCCAAGUGAUUUUUUUUUCUUUUCCAUUAUGGUUUAUCACAGAAUACUGGAUAUAGUUCCCCGUGCUAGAGUAGGACCUUGUUGUUUACCCAUUCUAUAUAUAAUAGUUGGCAUCUGCCAAUCCCAGCCUCCCAAUCCAUCCUUCCCCCACGCUCCCUCCUCCUUGGCAAACCACACGUCUGUUCUGUGUGAGUCUGUUUCAUAGAUAAGUUCAUUUGUAUCAUAUUUUAGAUUCCACAUAUAAGUGAUAUCAUAUGGUAUUUGUCUUUCUCUUUCUGACGUACUUAGUAUGAUCAUCUCUAGGUCCAUCCAUGUUGCCGCAAAUGGCAUGAUUUCGUUCUUUUUUAUGGCUCAGUAAUAUUCCAUUGUAUAUAUGUACCACAUCUUUAUCCAUUCAUCUGUUGAUGGACAUUUAGGUUGCUUCCAUGUCUUGGCUAUUGUAAAUAGUGCUGCUGUAAACACAGGGGUGCCUGUAUCUUUCUGAAUUAUAGUUUUGUCUGGAUAUAUGCCAAGGAUUGGGAUUGCUGGAUCAUAUGGCAACUCUAUUUUUAGUUUUUUGAGGAACCUCCAUACUGUUUUCCAUAGUAGCUGCACCAGUUUACAUUCCCACCAACAGUGUAGGAUGGUUCUGCUUUCUCCACACCUUCUCCAGCAUUUGUUAUUUGUAGACUUAUUUUUUUUUAAUUUUUAUUUGUUUAUUUGGCAGGGGCUACUCUUUGUUGCGGUGUGCGGACUUCUCAUUGCAGUGGCUUCUCUCGUUGCGGAGCACAGGCUCUAGGCACGCGGGCUUCAGUAGUUGUGGCUCACGGGCUCUAGAGCGCAGGCUCAGUAGUUGUGACACACAGGCUUAGUUGCUCCGCAGCAUGUGGGAUCUUCCCGGACCAGGGCUCGAACCCAUGUCCCCUGCAUUGGCAGGUGGAUUCUUAACCACUGCGCCACCGGGGAAGCCCUAUUUGUAGACUUUUUAAUGAUGGUCAUUCUGACUGGUGUGUGACAUUUUGAUUUGUAGUUUUGAUUUGCAUUUCUCUAUUAGUGAUGUUGAGCAUCUUUUCAUGUGCAUGUUGGCCAUCUGUAUGUUGUCUUUGCAGAAAUGUCUAUUUAGGCCUUCUGCCCAUUUUUGGAUUGGGUUAUUUUUUGUUGUUGACCUGUUUGUAUAUUUUGGAAAUUAAGCCCUUGUUGGUAACAUCAUUUGCAAGUAUUUUCUUCCAGUCCAUAGGUUGUCUUUUUGUUGUGUUUAUGGGUUUUUUUUGCUGUGUAACAGCUUAAGUUUGUUUAGGUCCCAUUUGUUUGUUUUUAUCUCUGUUCUCUCGGGAGAGUGAGCUAAGAAAACAUUGGCACGAUUUAUGUAUGUCAGAGAAUGCUUUACCUAUGUUCUCUUCUAGGAGUCUUACGGUGUCUUGUCUUAUAUUUAAGUCUUUAAGCCAUUUUGAGUUUAUUUUUGUAUAUGGGGUGGGGGUGUGUUCUAACUUCAUUGACUUACAUGCGGCUCUCCAGCUUGCCUAACACCACCAAGUGGUCUUUUUAUGGGCAUCAGGUGAAGCUGGAGGUUCAAGACUGCCUAAGACCUUUCUAAUGCCUAUUUCUUGUUAUAGGGAAGUUUAUGGCAUGAAAAAGAAAAGCCAUCUCUAGAACAUCUGAUGUUCCAGGUGAAUGUACUCGAGAAGACGAUGGGCUGAGUGCUUCCGGAGUCAAUAUUUCCAAAAGCAGCCGAGGCGGCUCCAUCUGUACGUAAGUGGCUGUAAGAUAGCGGCUGACGGCAGUCUCGGGGAAGCCCAGCUCUCAGGCCACGGAGGCUGUGUCUCUCCGCUUGAGGUGGCGCACGAUGAAAGUCCCCAGGGCCCCCAGGGGGAUGCACAUGGUAGAGGAGGCCACGAGCAGCCCAAUGAUGGCCAGUGCAUACGAGGGGUAGUCCUUCGUCACAAGCUGGCCCUGAAGAAGGAACCUGAGUGUCAGAAGAAAGAACCUCCCAUGCGGAGCCUUCCGAGGGCACCACCCCUCCGGGCCUCAGGCCCUCCAGCGGGAGGAAGAGAGCAUCUGCGGCCGGGCAUCCUUACACCUGGGGCCGCCCCAGCUCUCCGUGCAGGUCACUAGUGGCUCUGCUGGGCAGACUAACUCCCCCUGUGCAUACUGUUUGGAGCUAUCUGGAAAGAGCAACCAUGAGAAUAAUCCAAGGCUUACGUUCAAGGCAGCAGCAGGGCACCUAAAUGUAGGGGCUACCUGUCCAGUACAGCAGCCACCAGGCAUAGGUGGCCAUUGAGCACUGGGAAUGUGGCCGGGGAUGCGCAAGAAGUGAAUUUUAAAUAUUGUUUAAAUUUCAGUAGCCACAUGUGGUUAUUAGCUUCUGUGCCCAGCAGCACAGCUCUCAUCUCAGGAGAAGUGUUGAUGGACCUCAGGACUUACUUGGAAGAAUGAUGGAUGGUUCCGUAAAUGCAAAACUGAUGAGAAACCAGUUGAGGCCCCAAAGCCACUAAAUGCUACACUACCUUUCCACAAAGGAACCAGAGGACGGCUAAAUCCAGGGAGCAGGUACUUGCUGUCAACCAAAGCACGUAUGGUUUGUAAACCAAAAUGCCAGCCGGAGUGUGGCCGCGGGAACCAGCCCACAGACUUCUGUUGCUCGUCUGUUACUCAUUGUGUUCUGUGUGACGAGUACAGGAAUUGGGAGGAAACAUAAAUGAUUUUAGCAGUUUGACAGCCUAUAAUCCUGUGUCUGCUGAAUCUGAUACAUAUUUGGUGCUUGUAUUUGCUCUACCUUUUUUUUUAAGGAAUUCACUGUUAAUUGCAUUUUCCAAAAGUAUCAGGCUGCAGGGACUGGAGGAAACACCCUGCUCCUCCACUGCGGGGUGGGAAGCCCUGCUCGGCACCACUGCCAGAACCAGACGCGGUGGCGCCUUCCCAGCCAUGGUGCAGCAUGGAGUGUGUGGACUGGAGCACGGGGUGCACACUGCACACACACCAUAUGCUAAGGGGCAGCAUCUUCUACCCACAGGGAAAGAAAUCCAAAUUGGUCAGUUGUAUUACUUUCCUUAAAAAGUAAAUCUUUUUUAUGAGAGUGUGUCUGUGCAAGGACAGCCAAGGCUGGCCCUCAGGCCCGGUGCCGUGAUACGGCUGUCCAGGUUGUUAAAACACUGAUGUGCUGCCCUCUGCUGGGUGAGCAGAUGCAGCCCAGCCUCCUGAGUGCCCCUCUCAGUCCCCGGUUCUGUCCUAGCAACUCCAGUGUAAACGCCAGUCCCUGCCCCACCCAGCUCCUCAGGGGCCAUGCCCUCCAGCCUUGCUUGGCCUUGCCUGAGUGGCCUCAGUGGACAGAGGCCACCAGGAAGUUCUGGACGGAAUCUCACUCUCUUCACUGCAGCCCAUGUUGAAAAACUCAGCCCAGCUGCUGGGCUGAGUAUUUUUACAUACCUGGGUGAUGUUUUUACAUACCUGGGAGGCGUCCCAGGCUUGGUACUGCAGGGUCCCUGUGAUGAUGUAGUCACUCAGGUAGAAGACAAAGAGGCUGAUGAUGAGCAGCGGGCUCACACCGCCCCACAUGGCCUUCCAGUACCAGUUCAGAGCGUGUCCAGUCAUAGCCUUAAGGUCGCUUUCGAAUCUGUUUGGAGGUGGGGAGAGAAAGCUUGGAUUAUCCAUGCUGUUGGCGCCAGGCAGUCCAGGCCACACCUCCUCGUCUGCUCAGGAAGAUUCUGUGCUGGGCACCACUGAUGUCUGAACACGACCACUGGGUGGUCUCUGAUUCCUUGUGGGGGUCUUGGGGGCAGGGAGGGAAGAAGGGCUGAGGCCGCCACAGAGGGGGCAAAGCAACCACCCAUAGGCGAGUGGACAUCAGAGGCCAUCCUCCUGGUGCCGGCCUUCAGCUGGAGGCUGCUGCUGUACACCAGAGGGCCUGGCGGGAUGCCUGUGAAGCCAGUCCUCAACACCAGGGGACCGCGAGGGCAGCCCUGCUCCACCCCUCCCACCCUGCUGUCUGUCAGCAACUCUCCUUCCCCCUAGAAACGCCCCCACAGGGGAAUCGCUUUUGUCCCCUGAAACCAGAGCAGGUUUUCUGGGGCAGAGGGAAAACCUGAACGAAGCAGAAGCACCUUGGCCCUGACCCGUUGGAGCUGGCAUGGAGUGGUGCUUCCCAAGUGUAGCUGCCUGCAGCCCACCAUUGUGAUUCCCAUCGUCUGUGGGCUUUUUAUAAUUGACUCAUUUACCUGAAUUUAGCAAUAGCAUGACAAUAUAUCCGUUUUACCAUGGAUUGGAUAGGCUAAUCAUAUUUUUCUGCCCCCCCCCCACACAAAUGAGGAUGGAAAGUAUCUCAGCACUUUGAGAAAUGCUGACCCAGCCACCUCCCCGUUUCCCAGGGGAGGGGACCGAGGUCCAGGGCUGUGAUGUGACUUGCCUGAGGGCACCCAGGUAGUGGCCGACCCAGGCCCAGCAUCCGGAUUGGUGUCUUACCUCCAGUCCAGGGCCUUUGAAACUGCUCCCCACGGCAGAAAAGGCAGCCAUGGGGGAUGGGAGGGGGCCGGGUGAGACUGUCACAGGGGGAACCACAGCCCCUGCCUCUCCUGGACCCUGCAGCAUGUCCAUCACCACCUGCCCGCCCCGCCCCCGCUGCAGACCACAAAGACCCACGUGCAUAAUGUGAACACUUGGGACUCUCGAAACUACAUGUGGCAGAAAGUGUUGUGAGGCAUGGCCUUCACGGGUGGGUUUCCUGGGCGGCUGGCGGGGCAGGCCUCCUACCUCCUCAGUCCGUACAGGUAGCACACGGCGGCCACCUCCACCAGGACAAUGAGCAGCAGGGGCAGCGUGGCGGCGUAGUCAUUGAAGAUGUCGAACCAGUAGUUGCCGGCCUCCAUGGUGAACACCAAGCCGAUGGCACAGCUGACGAGGCACACCAGACCUAGGAGCACAAGACCGCCUGCUCACCCGCCUGAGACCCUGGCCUGCGCACCCAGCUUUCUAUGGGGCCCAAGAGCCAUGGACCCUGAGGAGGCGCUGGCCGUUCAGUUCAUCCUCAUGGGCUGGGGGAGCUGUCGUGGACUGGCCUCUCUGCACGUGUGUGCCACGUGUGUGUGUUGGGCAGCGUGGGGCAAAGGUGUUGCAAGGAGUGUCAGCAGGACUUCCUGCUGUUAAUUCAUGGGGCCGUCCAGUAGUGGGGAAUCAAACUUGGUGGAAAAGAGAAACUUGUAGGCGUUGCUGUCUAGGGGAAUCUCACCCAAUCUAUGGGUCUGGUGACUCUGUUUAUCCCAGCAACUCAGCCACUAAGCUCAUGGGAAGUGAAUCAGGGGAGGAGAUUUGAGCUGCAGGGCACCAGAAGAGAGGAGUAGGGAGGGGAGGAGAAGAAACAAAUGCUUACCCAGCUGCUACUGCGCCCCAGGCACUUGCCAUGCAGUGGAGGCUUUAGCUUCUGGGGCAGGUUAUCAGGAGCCCCCUUCUACAGAGGGGGAAGCCAAGGCUCAGAGAGGUCGGGUAACUUUCCCAACAUUCCACAGCACAGAAAGAAAGUUGGAAUUCAGACACAGGCCCUUCUGUCUCCAGAACCGAAGCUCUGGCUCCAGUCUCUGCUGCCUCCCUUGGGCACCCCACAAAGUAUUAGACUCUAAAGCUCCCACCUGCCCUUUCCAUGGCCACAGCCUACACCACCAGCCAGUGAGCACCACUGCUGUCCUGAGGCGGACACAAGAACAGGCUCUGUGCGGGAGGGGAGGCUCACAUAAUGCUGGCUCCUGAGGGCAGGGAGGCUAAGCGCUAGAGGGCUCUGGUGGGAGCUGGGUUUGAUGUGGGCUGGGACGAGGGGUUCUGGAUGUGGGGGUGAGGAGUCACGGUUCUCUGGACACUGCCAGGUUGCACUGGAGCAGAUGGGUGGUGGAGUGAAGUGGAGAGGCAGGCCUGGAUAAACAGGCUCUUGCCCUCACAAGGCAAAGGUCUGCCAGCUGCAGAAUGGGUAGAUGAAUUGUGGUGUAUGGUCUUAGGCUGGAUUAUUACACGGACGGGAAAGAGGACGGGGAUGGGGGCGUACUGAUGGGGCAGGAGCAGGGAGGGGCUCUCCAGUGUGAGAAAUGUACGUGUUGUUGUUAUGCUUCAGUCAACACAAAGACAAAAGCAGGUUCUCUGCUGGCCUGGAGAGCUUUGAGGGCCGUGCUGGGGGGUUUGGCCUUUGCGAAGGUUGGGGUGACCACUUCACUCCCCUGUGAUGUGGAGAACCAGAUGCAUGGGGUGAAUCAUGUGUACCAGGUCCCAGAUUGCCCGAGAGGAGAGAGCCAUGGCAGGACCCCAGUGAGGCUGCUGCGGCCUCUCGCUGAGCCCGCGGCCCCUGAGGAGACUCCUCCCUCUGCUCACCUCCCCGAGCCCCGCCGCCUUCGCUGGCCCACUCACCUGAGAUUGCCUCCUUGGGCAGGUAGCUGGAGAUGACCUUGCUGUCGGUCAGAGGGGUGAGGAUGGCGGCCGUGUUCCCCAGCAUGCUUCCAAUGCCCAGCAUCAGCAGCAUGAAGAAGUAGAGCACCGACCACAGCUGGGACACCUCCAUGUUUUUAAUGGCCUCUGUGUAGACGAUGAAGGCCAGGCCGGUGCCCUGGACGGCCUGCCCACAGGAUGAAGACACCAGUUACACACCCGGGCGACUUAGGACUUCUUCCCCAGGUGCUAAGCUACUUGGGGAACCUGAGAAUCAGCCACGAGAAGCCACAUUCUGAGGUUGGAUCUUCCACCUGCACACCAGCCCACUGAGGGUAAGCUGGGCUGGACAGAAAUGCGAGCUGUCAGGAGCCCUUAUUUGCAAAGUGUGAGGAGACACCUCAGUCAACUUGGAACACUAGUUCCUCUCUCCUGCCCCAACUCACAUCGUUAUGGAUAAAAUAUAGUAAAAUAAUGGUUGCAUAAUUUCUGCUUCCUGUAUCAUGACUGACUGGGUGUUCCGGGAGCUGAGAUGGUGGAGCCACAGCUACAGGAGCCAGAAUGGUGGGGAGCUGGCCUGGCCGGCAGGCAACCAAGUGGGCAGGCUGCUCAGAGGCCAGAUGCCUGCGGCGGUAACGCUGCUGUAGGGAUACUGAACUGUGGAAAUAGAGCCUCAGCUCCUGGUUGAAAGGGCUUAUGGGUGGGGGUGGGGAAGCACCCCCUCGCUGCCAGCAGCAGAAGCAGCAGAAGCAAACACUGGGGAAGGCUUCCAUUGCAGGUCUGAAUUGGGUUACCUGUAAGACCACCAGAGAUGAUCAAGCGGUGAGCUUGCAACCCGAGAUUUAUAAACUGACCAGAAAACAUGCCACUGUGAGUGAAGAGUCAGCAGGAAUAAGAACUAAGAUUUCAGCACCCUUCCCCUGGAAUGGCAGAUGUUGGAUUGUCAGAUUCAAAAUACAGGACAGCUCAACAGCAUACCAAUGGGGACAAUGGUAUUCAUCCGCCCUGGGUGCAGACCAUAAGGGAGUGAUCACUUGCAGAGAAUUUAAAAACAACAGAACCUACUAAAGGUGGCCUGCUUUUUAUUACCAUGAGCCGACAGUGCUAAGCAGUGUCACUGAUAAUACAUGCCCCCAGAAGACAGCUGGGAUGCAAUAAAGGUGAACAAAUAAACUAGCAAGCAUGCCGGUCAAUACAGACACUGUUGUAUAAAAUAACAAUAGCAUCCAAUUUAUCAGUUUAAAAAGAAUUGGGAACUUCCCUGGUGGCUCAGUGGUUAAGAAUCCACCCGCCAAUUCAGGGGACACGGGUUCGAACCCUGGUCCGGGAAGAUUCCACAAGCCACAGAGCAACUAUGCCUGUGCGCCACAACUAUUGAGCCCACGCGCCUAGAGCCUGUGCUCUGCAACAAUAAAAGCCACCACAAUGAAAAGCCCGGCCCUCAUACCGCAGAGAAGAGUAGCCCCCCACUCACCACAACCCCACGUACAGCAUCAAAGACCCAAUGCAGCCAAAAAAAAAAAAAAAUCUGUUAACCUUUAAAAAAUAAAUAAGAAUUGGACAUAAAAGGUAUUUAAAACAAGAGGGGUGAGUGAAAGUGUCUGAAAGUCCUUGUACUGUUUGGGAAGGAACUCAAGGUAUAGUUUAACUUUAAACUUUGUUAAAGAUUCAUGGAAAAAUUCAAGUGGAAAAAAGUCUAAAUAAAUCAAUAACCACACAAUUCUUGGGCACUGAGCCAAACUCAAAAAGUAAGUGAGGAAAAUUCCCAGGUGCCAGAAACAAAAAGGAAAUUUGAACUGAGCAGGAACACAAGUAGGCCUCAGAAGUCAUCUGAACAGGAUCCAGGCCUUAAAGGCAGGGGCUGAGGUCUGGGGAUCUGCUGACACCCUGGUGGGGAGGGUCGUGCCACAGGUCAGUGUAAGCAGGGAGGAAGGAAUAACAAAGUGUUGCCUCAUCCACGAAAUGACCUGGAAUGGCUCCACCUAUGAAAUCAAAGGGCCAAAAAAACUCCAAGUUACCUUAUUGGCAAGCAGAGCUAUGGACCUUUACUGUUCCCUCUUCUUGAAAGGCAUUCUCUAGAGACACUUUCUAGAAGCAGUCUCUAGAAGUAUUUACAUUAAAUAUAAGAAUUAGACAAACAUGCCCACUCUCAUUUGCACUUCCACUGUGCUAGAAAAAAAUUCCUAGGAUCCGCAGGUGCCAUAAGAAUUACAUAGAAAAGUAAAGCAAAUAUAUAGACAAAUAUGAGAAUAAGAGAAUUCAUCAAGGUUGCUAGAUAAAGGACCAACACAAAAACUGUUAGCUUUUUUUUGCAACGAAAACCAGCAAUGGUAGAAAUUGGGAAAUGAACACUAUUUACAAUAGGAACAAAACAAUAAGGUUCAUAGACAUAAAGGUAAAUCAAAGAUCUGCCAGGAUUUUGUGGAGAAAAAUUAGUUGCAGAAUAUAAAAGAAGACUUCAGUGAAUGAUGAGAAAAAGCCUGCUCCUAAAUCAGAAGUCACAGUUGAAAAAAAUAUUGAUUGUUCCCAAAUUAUAUUACAGAGUCAGUGCAAUUCUAAUAAAAGUUAAAGGGAUUUCCCACCCCCCAGUGGAACUUGUCAAAUUGACCUGAAAAUUAAUGUGAAAAAAAAGGUCCCAGGGACUUCCCUGGUGGCAUAGUGGAUAAGACUCCACACUCCCAACGCACGGGGCCUGGGUUCUAUCCCUGGUCAGGGAACUAGAUCCCACAUGCAUGCCGCAACCAAGGAGCACGUGAGCCUUAACUAAGGAGCCCACGUGCCGCAACUAAGGAGCCUGCCUGCCUCAACUAAGAGCUGGCGCAACCAAUAUUAAAAAAAAAAAAAGUCCUAGAAUAAUGUUGCUAAAAUGGCCACACUACGCAAAGCAAUCUACAGAUUUAAUGAGAUCCUUAUCAAAUUAUACAUGGCAUUUUUCACAGACCAGAAUAAUCCUUUAUAUGGAACCAAAAAAAGACCCAGAAUUGCCAAAGCAAUCCUGAGGAAAAAGAACAAAGCAGGAGACACAACCCUCCCAGACUUCAGAAAAUACUACUAAGCUACAGUAAAGAAAACAGUGUCAUGGUCUGGUCACAAAAACAGACAUAUGGAUCAAUGGAACAGAAUACAGAGGCCCGAAAUAAACCUACACACCUACAGUCAAUUAAUCUUCAACAAAGAAAGCAAGAAUAUACAAUGGAGAAAAGACAGUCUUUUCAGCAAGUAGUGUUGGAAGCUGAACAGCCGCAAAUAAAGUUAGAACACACCCUCACACCAUACACAAAAAUAAGCUCAAAAGGGAUUAAAGUCUUAAAUACAAGAUAUGACACGAUAAAACCCCAGAAGAGAACAUAGGCAAAACAUUCUGUGACAUAAAUCAUACCAUUUUCUUAGGUCAGACUCAAGGCAACAGCAAUAAAAGCACACCUACCAAUGGACCCAAUCAAACAUAAAGCUUUUGCACAUCGAAGGAAACCAUGAACAAAAAGACAACUACAGACUAGGAGAAAAUAUUUCAAAAUGAUGCAACCUACAAGGGCUAAAUUUCAAAGAUAUACAAACAGCAUGUACGACUCAACAACAAGACAACCCAAUCAAAAAAAAAAAGGAAAAAAGACCUAAAACAACAUUUCUCCAGAAAAAAAAAUAUAUAUAUAUAUAUAUAUAUGGCCAAAAGGCACAAGGAAAGAGUUCAACAUAUAUAAUUAUGACACAAAUACAAAUCAAAACUACAAGUUAUCACCUCAGCAGUACGAAGGACAAUCAGCCUGGUCAAAAAACCCCAAAAAGUCUACAUACAAUAAAUAAGGGACAGUGUCUGGAGAACAAGGAACCCCUGGUUAGUGGGAAGGUAAAUUGGUAACAGCACAAUGGACAGCAGUAGGGAAAGUCCUUAAAUAAUGAAAAAUAGAGCUCCCAUAAGGUCCAGCAAUAACACUCCUGGGCAAAUAUCUGUAGAAAACCAUCCUUCAAAUACACACAUGGACCCCAACAGUCGUUGAGGUAAGAUUUACAAUAGCCGAGGCAUCGAAACUACUGAAAUGUCCAUCGAGUUGAAUGAACGGAUAAAGAAAACGCCAUACGUGUGCACAGUGGACUAUUAGCCAGAAAACAGAAAUCAUGCCAUUUGCAGCAACAUGGAUGGAUCAGGAGAUGAUCUAACUAAGUCCAGUAAGUCAGAGUAAGACAAAUAUAUGAUAUCACUUACAGGUGGAAUCUAAAAAAGGAUACAGAGGAACUAACUGACAAAACAAAAACAGACUCACAGCCUUAGAUAAGUAAUUUAGAGUUACCAAAGGGGGAAGUUGCAGAGGGGGGCGACAGAAAUUAGGAGGUUGGGAUUAAUACAUACACACUAAUAUGUAUGUAUAUAUAUAAUUAUAAAAUAGAUAAUCAAUGAGCACCUACUGGAGAGCACAGGGACUUCUACUCAACACUCAGUAAUAACCUAUGUGGGAAAAGAAUCCGAAAGAGAAUAGGUUCUUGUAUAUGUAUAACUGAAUCGAGCUGCUGUAAAACUCAAACACAGCAUUGUAAAUCAACCAUACUCUAAUAGAAAAUAAAAGAUAAAUUAUAAAAGAGGGAACAAAUGCAGACUAUAUUGCCCUGAGGCCUCAGUGGCCAGGACUGGUGUCACAUUCUUGGAGCCUGAGCAGGCUUGGGAUCCACGGCUGGGCUGUCACGGGGCUGAGGGAGCUGGGGAGGAUGUGCCGGCAAACGAGCCCCACCCUUGUAUCUGUGGUGCCUAGUCCCCUCUGCGUGGGACCACAGUCUCCGGAUCCACACGGGUCCUCCUACUGCUGAAGCAAGCCUAGUGCACCCAAAGGAUGGUGGACCUGCUGGGAGGAAAGAGCUGUGAAAAGACACCGGAUCUCCAUGGCUCCUGCUGGUGGGGUUCCCACCUCCAGCCUCCUUCCUUAGAGACGCCCCACCUACGAACCAUGGCACCAUCAGCAUAGCACUACUGUAGGGGUUGGGAAUCAGUCUGCACGGUGAGGGGGGUGGGAAGUAUCCAGCCACAGCCCCUUGGGGUUUUCUUCCGGCAUUUUCCAUGUAAUUUAGAACCCAGGAACACAGCUUUCUCUAAGCCUGUGGUUGCCCGAGUUACCAGAGUGGGGCAUGAAGAAGUGCUGCCGCCUUGUGGCCGCUUCUCAUAACAACAUCCUUAAAACACUGCUCAUGGUCACUUAAUAUUCACAAGGCCUGCGGGGCACUAAAUGAUCCCUGCUCUCAAGAAAUGUCCUGUUGUAGGUAACGGAAAAAGAACUCACAACAGGGCCGACUUUCAAAACAAUUUCAAGAGAUUAACUUUACUCACCCUGUUGUGUUUUUUUGUUUGUUUUAAAGCACGUGAAAAGAUGUUCAGCGUCGCCAACGAGUAGAAAAAUGGAAAUCAAAAUGACAACGAGUUAUCCCCUGGCACCAAUCAUCAAAAAUUCUCCAAAGAAUAAAUGCAGCAGAGGACGUGAAGAAAGGGGAACCCAACAAUGCUGUUGGGAGGAAGGUAAAUUGGUAAUAGCCACAAUGAAGAGCAGUAGGGAAGGUCCUUAAAAACUGAAAAAUAGAGCUCCCAUAAUCUCCAGCAAUCCCACUCCUGGGCAAAUAUCCGGAGAAAACCAUCUUUCAAAUACACACAUGCACCCCAAUGGUCAUUGCAGUAAGAUUUACGAUAGCCGAGGCAUCAAAACUACCGAAAAUCCACCGAGAUUAAUGAAUGGAUAAACAAGAUACACUACAUAUACACAGUGGACUAUUUCCCAGCCAGAAAACACAAUGAAAUCAUGCCAUGUGCACCAACAUGGAUGGAUCAGGAGAUGAUCUCACUAGGUCCAGUAACUCAGACACAGUAAGACAAAUAUGAUAUCACUUACACGUGGAAUCUAAAAACAGAUACAAAUGAAAUAACUGACAAAACAAAAACAGACUCACAGCCUUAGAAAAGAAAUUCAGAGUUGCCAAAGGGGGAAGUUGCAGAGGUGGGAGACAGAAAUUAGAAGGUUGGGAUUAACACAUACACACUAAUAUAUGUAUAUAUAUAUACACACACACAUACACACAUAUAUAUAUAUAUAUGUAUAAAAAUAGAUAACCAGUGAGGACCUACUAGAGAGCACAGGGACCUCUACUCAACACUCAGUAAUAACCUAUGUGGGAAUAGAAUCUGAAAGAGAACAGGUACAUGUAUAACUAAAUCAAGCUGCUGUAAAACUCAAACACAGCACUGUAAAUCAACCAUACUCCAACAGAAAGAAAGUAAAAAUUAAAUUUAACGAAAAAAGAGGGAAAAAACGCCUACUAUAUUGCCCUGAGGCCUCGGUGACCUGGGCUGGUGUCACAUCCCUGGAGCCUAAGCAGGAUUGGGUCCCAAGGCUGGAGUGUGCUGGGGCUGAGGGAGCUGGGGGGGCAGGAUGUGCCGGCAAACGAGCCCCACCCCUUGGACCUGUAGUUCCUGGUCCCCUCUGCAUGGGACUACAAUCUCCAGAUCCAGGCAGGUCCUCCUACAGCUGAAGCAAGCCUAGUGCACCCAAAGGACGGUGGACCCUCUGGGUAGGAAGAGCUUUGAAAAGUCACCUGGUCUUCAUGGGUUUGGUGGUGGGGUUCCCACCUCUAGCCUCGUUCCUUAGAGGCGCCCCCUGUAUGUACCACAGGACUAUCUGCAUAGCACUUUUGCAGGGGUUGGGGAUCAGUCUGUGCGGUGAGGGGACGAAGUAACGAGACGAGAUGUAAACCCUCGGGGUUUUCUUCGGGCAUUUUCCAUGUAAUUUACAACCCAAGAAUACGACUUUCUCUAAGCCUCUGGUUGCUGGAGUUACCAGAGUGGGGCAUGAAGAAAUGCUGCCGCCUUGUGGCCGUUUCUCAUAACAACAUCUUUAAAAGGGGGCUUAUGGGCACUUAACAUUCCCAAAGCCUGCGGGGCAGUAAAUGACCCCUGGUCUAAAGAAAUGUCCUGUUGUAGGUAACGGAAAAAGAAUUCAAAACAGGGCCGACUUUCAAGAAGCCAGUUUCAAGAGUUUAGCUUUACUCACACUGUUAAAAAAAAAAAAUCACAGGGAUAGAUAUUCAACAUCGCUAAUUAUUAGAGAAAUGCAAAUCAAAACUUGGACAAGGUAUUGUCUCGCACCAGUCAGAAUGGCCAUCAACAAACGUCCACAAAGCAUAAAUGCAGAAUAGGGUGUGGAGAAAACGGAAGCUGCCUACACGCUGCUGGUGGGAAUGGAAAUUUGUGACAGCCACUAUGGCGAACAAUCUGCAGCUUCUUUAAAAAACUAAAAAUAGAGCUACCAUACGAUCCUGCAAUCCCAGUCAUGGGCAUAAUCCCAGAGAACACCAUCAUUCGGAAAGACACAUGCACCCCAACCUUUAUUGCCACACUGUUUACAAUAGCCAAGACAUGGAAGCAACCAAAAUGUCCAUUGACAGAGGAAUUGAUAGAAAAGAUGUGAAUAUAUACGAUGGAAUAUUACUCAGCCAUAAAAAUUGAAAUAAUGCCAUUUGCAGCAACAAGGAUGGACCCAGAGAUGAUCAUACUAAAUGAAGUAAGUCAGACAGAUAACGACAAAUAUCAUAUGACAUCAUUUACAGGUGGAAUCUGAAAACUGAUACAAAUGUACCAAUUUACAAAACAGAAACAGAUUCUCAGAUUUAGAAAAGAAACUUAACAGUUACCGAAUGGGAAAAGUGGGGUGGAGGAGGUAUAACUUGGGAGGUUGUGAUUAACAUAUACACACUAAUAUAUAUAAAAGAGAUACCAACAAAGACCUACUCUGUAGCACAGGAAAUUCUACUCAACACCCUUUAAUAACCUAUAGGGGAACAGAAUCUGAAAAAGAAUAGAUCUGUGUCUACGUAUAACUGAAUCAGGUUGCUGGAUGUCUAAAACAAACACAAGAGUGUAAAUCAACUAUACCCCAAUAUAAAAUAAAAUUAAAUUCAACAAAGUUUGAAAAACUAAAUAUGACAAAUGAACUUACUAUGAAAGAACAAAAGACUCACAUACAUAGAGAAUAGACUUGCGGUUGCCUAGCGGGGUUGGGGGAGGGUUUGAUUGGGGGUUUCGGACCUGCAGAUGGAAACUAUACAUAUAGAAUGGAUAAACCAGAAGGUAGUAUUCUACAGCACAGGGAACUAUAUUCAAUAUCCUGUAAUAUCCCAUAACGGAAAAGAAUAUGAAAAAGAAUAUAUAUGUAUAACUGACUCACUUUGAUGUAUGUAAGAAAGUAACACAAUACUUCAAUUGUUAAAAAAAAAAAAAAAAAAGUU